AUGAGGAGUUCAGCCAUAUGGCUUCUCCUGCUUCCGCAGGCCGCUUUUGUUCUGGGUACGAACGCGCAAUAUUAUAAAGAUAAUCAUGCGGAAAAUACGCUCUGGAAGGAACCGAAGAACCAUGGACUUGGUCCCAAUACAGAUGUUGAGACGGAGCAUGUCCAGCCGCCGGUUCGGCAACCAGGAGCCGAAUUCGUCGACGCUGCGCUAUCGCAACUGAAUAAAGCGUCGCGAUCAUCGCAACACCGAAGACAGCAGUCAUCCGGCAUAGUCGGAACCGUUGUCCGAUACAUCCUAAACACCCUACCUACAGGACCUGCGACGGCCCCCUCACAGGAGCAGCAACAGCAAUCAAAGUCCGCCGCAACUGGUCCUCUCGCAAAUGCUGUUGAUUUGUUAGAAAAAGCCGCGAACCAGAAUAAUUCCGAUGCCCUAUAUCUACUAGCAGAAUUGAAUUUCUUUGGGAACCACAGCCAUGCCAGAGAUCUUCACGCCGCGUAUAAUUACUACAACCACCUGGCCAGCUCUUAUGGCAACACGACUGCGCAAUACAUGUUGGGGCUCUUUCAUUCAACGGGUCUUGGUGACGUAGUCCCGCGAGAUCAGGCCAAGGCCUUGCUUUACUACACAUUUGCAGCUCUCCGCGGCGAUACUCGCGCCGCCAUGGCUACCGCUUUCAGGCAUCACAUUGGUAUUGGGGCUUCAAAGAGCUGUGAAGUAGCGGUUAAAUAUUACAAGCGCGUAGCCGACAAGGCAAUUCAAUGGCAUCGAUCUGGCCCUCCCGGCGGCGUGACCUGGAUUUACCAGGGAUGGCGAAUUGCGGACGACGACGGUGGUGUUUAUGGUGAGGGCGCUAGUGCGGCAAGCUCUGGACUGAACGCACGCAAAGUGAGCGUACACUCUGAUGCGAACGCUGCCAUUAGCGAUGUCAUCGAAUACCUGGACCUCAUGUCGCAGAAAGGCGACGUCAAAGCCUCUCUGAAUUUGGGGAGAAUAUUUUAUGACGGACAGAGGGGUCUCGAUCACGACUAUGGCCUUGCAAAGAAAUAUUUCUUUUUGGUUGCCUCUAGAUACUGGAAAAGAGACGGUACGCUUGUGGAUAACGCAAAGCCGGGCACCGAUAAAAUCGCUGCCAAAGCUGCGGGCUUCAUCGGUCGCAUGUACCUACGAGGAGAGGGCCUGCCACAAAACUUUGAGAGAGCUAAAGUAUGGUUUGAGCGAGGGACGAAGCUCAACGACGCCCAGUCGCAGUAUGGAAUGGGUUUGAUAUUACUAAACGGCCUAGGUGUCAAGGAGAACGUUAAGCGGGCCUCGGAGCUUUUCCAACUUGCAGCAGCGGCAGACUAUGCCCCAGCCCAGGUUGAGAUUGGGCGACUGUACCUUGAUCAGGGCGAAGCUGAGGACCUGCGAGUGGCAAGCAACUUCUUCGAACUUGCGGCUAGAUAUGGAAACAUCGAAGCCCAUUACUAUCUGGCGGAGAUGAUAUAUAAUGGCGUAGGGCGCGAAAAGGCUUGCAAUAUGGCCUUGGGCUACUACAAAAAUGUUGCAGAGAAGGCAGAGCCCCUGGUCUCGUCGUGGGCAGAUGCGAAUGAUGCCUAUGAUGCUGGGGACUAUGAAGUUGCCUUCCUUGAAUAUCUAAUGGCAGCUGAACAGGGCUAUGAGAGAGCACAAAACAAUGUGGCUUACAUGUUGGACAUGACCGAGUCGGAGAAAAAAUCGUUGUGGCUGGGCAAGUCACAGACCGAAGGAACUCUCCUCAAUAACCCAAGUCUGGCUCUUAUCCACUGGACACGAUCGUCGAAGCAGGCCAACAUCGACUCGUUGGUCAAGAUGGGUGACUAUUACUUCUAUGGUAUCGGCACCAAAGCUGAUGUCGGCAAGGCCGUGCAGUGCUAUACCGGAGCGUCGGAGUACUCGCAAAGUGCCCAAGCCCUGUUCAAUCUCGGAUGGAUGCACGAAAACGGUGUUGGCCUUGAGCAAGACUUCCACUUGGCCAAGAGAUUCUAUGACCAGGCACUGGAGGUGAAUGAGGAGGCAUACCUCCCUGUAACGCUGAGCCUCUUGAAGCUUCGAAUUCGAAGUGCCUGGAACACGAUUACACAUGGCGAGGUUCAUUCCAUCCAGGACGAACCCAGCAAAAGCAAAGACUGGUCACUAGCAGAGUGGAUUGCCAACUUUAUGAAAGACGACCAAUACUAUGACGACGAAGCACUGUAUGGGGAUUACAUGGAUGAUGAUACUCUGGAUGUCGGGGAUGAUGACUAUCUUGACGCGGGCGGUGUUGUAGAAAGCAUCCUCGUUGUUGGCAUCACCUUUUCUCUGGUAUUGCUUCUAUGGUAUCGACAGAGGAUGCAGCAAGCUUACGCACAGGCGGAGGAAGCGAGGCGACAGGGUCAAGGCCAAGGCCAGGGCCAGGGCCAGCAAGCGCAAGCGCAACAACCGAUUCCAGGGCCUGCUGGGAAUCCCGCGAACCGGUUUGAUGGGUUUGGCGGGUGGGCUGCUGGGGGCAUGGGCUUAUAA